ACAGCAGUGCGUCAGUGUCAGUCCGCCGUCCGCUCCGUGCUUCGCCGUUCCGUGUUGUCCAGUCCCACCGUGCUUCGCCGCUCCGUGUUUAUCUCUCUCUAUGGAGACUCGGCGAGUGCCCGGCAAACUUGGGAAAGGGUUUACUUACACCAACGGAGAUGGAUAUUUCUUCAAAAUUAACGGUCGAAGGAACGGUAAUGUUUACAUGAAGUGUACGGAGUGCAACAUGCGCGGGAAACUGGAGGGAGAGCGUCUGAUUGUCAACGCCACUGGACUGCACAGUCAUCCACCAGACUAUGUGACAGAGAAAGUGCUGCUUCUCAAGCAAGAUUGCAAGGAAGAAGCGAAGAAAAUGCUGGGUGGCAAGAUUCAGAGCGUGUUUACUCAAGCCUGCGAUAGGGCUGAUGAGGGUGCGCGCUCAGAAAUCACCUUCGAGUCAUGUAGAUCGUCGAUGUACCGGGCUCGCUCUGAACAGCACCCGCCCGUUCCGCAGGACUUCGAGGAGUUUGAGUCGUCCCUUGUUGACCAACGGUACUCAGACAAGUAUGGCAAGUGUCCUGAUGGCUCUCUUAUGACCCGAGGCCUUGUGGGACCAUCAGGUCACAGGUCACUCGUAUUUACGAGUGAUUUGAUGCUCAAUAUUAUGGUGGCUGCUCUCUGGCUAUUUAUUGAUGGGACUUUUGCUAGUCGGCCUGACACGCCCCCAUCUCGUCAGCUGCUCGUGAUCUCAGCUUUGUAUCAGGGAAUGGUGAGGAACGAACUGAAAGUGGAAUUUAUUCGCAAACUUACGGUAACGUACGCUAACUUACGCAUCCUGUUUUUUUUACAGUUGUUCCCAGUGUGCUAUGCGCUCAUGGAAUCGAAGUCGGAGGUUGCAUAUCGUGCAUUGUUCGCAUUUGUGAAAGAUUUGGCGCCAUCUCUUGCACCGGAGAACAUUGUUACUGACUAUGAGGCUGCAUUCGUACCAGUGAUCAGAGACGUUUUCCCUUCUACUAUCCACCAGGGGUGCUGGUUCCAUUUCUGUCAGGCAUUACAUCGCCACUUGGGUUUCCUCGGGCUCAUCACUUUUGUGAAGCGCAACUUUAAUGCAUUGACAGUGAUCCGAAUGUGCUAUGUUCUUCCUCUUCUUCCUUCGAACAAAAUGAUCUUCGGUCUCAAUGCUAUUGAGUAUGUAGCUCAUAUGAACGGCAUUCUGGGAGAGCUGCAGCCGUUCCUGGAUUAUGUGCGUGAAACUUGGAUGGUCAGAAUCGGCACUGACCUUGUCAGUGUACACCGUUCCAAGCACAGAACGAACAACUUCUCUGAAUCAAGUCACAAGGCACUUCAGGAUCGGAUUGGAACAAUUCGCCCCGGAGUGUGGGACUUUGUCAGUAAGUAGUACCUGUCAUUAGUAUUGUCAUUGUCGUGCGUCAUCGUCCAUUUUCUUAUUCACAUGCACUGUGAUUGCAGAGGCCAUCAACUUCGAGUUGAUUCAGGCUCACUUGGAUGUGAUCCGUGUCCAGGGUGCCAAGCCAACUCGUAGAAACGAUACCCAGGACGGACAGGAUACCCAGGCUAACGAGGAUGUUCAGGACGUGUUGCAGCCACUGCCACUCCUCAUGCCACCAGGACACGUCGACUUCAGCACACGUCUCACACUAGAGACUGACCAGUUGUCGCAGGAUCUUUUCAGCACUCAGGAUUUUGUCACCGAACAUCCUCUUUCGCCUCUUUCCCCUCCUGUCCAGGAACGUGACCUCCAACGUGGCUCAGUCAGACGGGGUCCUGGUCGUCCUCGCCUGCGCCCUGCUGCGGUUGCACGAGCUCCUCCUUCGCCAACCGACGAACCAGAUGCUUCACCUGUCCGUGGAAGGCGCCGUGGAAGGCCGCGC